AUGGAUUCAAAGAAUUAAUGGAAUUAAAAAUCAUCAGUACAAGAGUUUGGGAUUCAGAAAUCAACUUUGGCUAAACCAGUGCACCAGCAAGUAAAACCAACCUAGUAGGUGCCUCCUAAGAAUGAACUAGAGCAGAAUCAGCUCGUACGUCGUGUGACGAAACGAAACAUUGCUAUAAAAAAGUCAAUGGCUACAGAUGAAGGAACAAUCUAUGAGACAUUUGAGCCAUUAAUGAAGCCACAGACUCCUUAAGAUAUAGCAUUUAUAGUAAAAUGCUUUUAAUCGCAUUUUGUAUUUUCUUCCAUGAAUGAAACUUAAUUGUAAGAUUGAUAAUUAAUAGAAGAAUACAAUUAGCAAAGAGCAUGUUCUAUUGUAGACUGGUGAUUGGUUAAACUAUCAUAAAGUAAAGGGACGGGGCUAGUUCUUUUUUUGUGUUGGAAAAGGGAAAGAUAAAUGUGUUGGUGGAUGGAAUCUCUAGGAAAUAACUCACUCAAGGCAAUGGAUUUGGUGAAUUGGCACUAUUGUACAAUGCUCCAAGAUCAGCAACAUGUGUGGCUAUGGAAGAGUGUUUUUUGUGGGGAAUAGACAGACACACUUUCAGAAAAAGUGUUGAAAACGUCAUGAGGAGUGAACAGGAGAAGAAUAGGUAGCUCUUAGAAUAAGUUAAAUUUUUCAGUAAUCUAUUAUAUUGAAUCAUUAGAUCAAUUGACUAAGGAUUAAAAGGAUGCAAUAUCAGGAGUGUUGAUAUUGUAAAAGUUUAAUCAAAACGAAGUUAUUGUGAAUGAGGGGGACCAAGCUAGUUCAUUCUAUAUAAUUGUUGAAGGCAAAUGUGGAGUUUUUAACAAGGAAGACGUUUAGAUUGCAACUCUGAAUCCUAAGGAUUCAUUUGGUGAAUCUGCAUUGAAACACGACAAUCAAAUUAGAAUGAUGACUAUCAAAGCCAUUGAAAAAGAUACAAAAGUGGUGGCUUUGGGAAAAGACAUGAUCACCUAGAUUCUAGGUGAUAAAGUGCAAUAUAUCAUCUAUAAGAAUAUUUGUAAAUGGGCAUUGAAUAGAUCAAAAUUAUUUGGAAAAGUUCCUGGAAGCAUUCAAGAUAAACUACUAGAAGGGGUUAUUUAUAGAAAGUAUAUUCCAGGCUAAAAAAUAAUAAAUAAAGGGGAUAAAGUUGGAUUCUUGUAUAUAGCUUUAGAAGGCAAUGUACUGGAUGAACAGAAAAAGGCUAUCACUAAUAAUAUUGUAAAUGAAGAUUCUUUAUAUGAUGAAGUUGCUAACACCAAACAUUUGUAAUCCUUUACUAUGGAAACAGAAGGACAUGUGGCUGUGAUUGAUUAUGACAAAUAUCGUAAUGCACAUGGAAGUGUUGAAAAACUAUCAGAAAAUGAUUAAAGUAAUGCUUAAUCAAAAGAAUUCUAACAAUCCAAUGAUUUAGUCAAAUAAUUUUAACUAAAGGAGCUGAUUUUCCUUAACAAGCUCGGAUCUGGAUAGUUUGGAUCGGUGUAUCUUUGCAAGAACAAAAACUUGGAUACACUAUUUGCACUCAAAUAUGUGACAAGAGCUCAUAUCCAAUAAUAUGGGAUACAAAAACAUGUCCAAUAGGAAAAAGCAGUAUUGGAAAUAAUGAAUCAUCAAUUCAUACUUAAGUUUUAUCGUUCAUUUAAGGAUGGAGAAAACAUCUACUUUCUUACAGAGUAUAUUCCAGGUGAAGAGUUAUUUGAUGCAAUCAGAGAAAUAGGGUUGUUAGGUAAAUAUGAUUCUCAAUUUUACGCUGCGCAAAUGAUUCUUCAGAUGGAAUAUUUACAUACUGUCCAUCAAAUUGUAUAUAGAGAUAUUAAACCUGAAAAUAUUAUGGUUGAUCAACAUGGUUAUCUAAAAUUAAUUGAUAUGGGUACUGCUAAAUGUCUUAAAAAUGUUUGUAAUUAUUAUUCAUCUAUUUCUUAGCUCCUCCCAAAACAUUCACUAUUAUAGGAACUCCUCAUUAUAUGGCUCCAGAAGUUAUUUCUGGUAAGGGUUAUGGAUACUUUGCUGAUUUGUGGAGUGUAGGAUGCUGUCUCUAUGAAUUUAUAUGCGGGGGCUUACCUUUUGGAGAAGAUCAAGAUGAUCCUUUUGAGAUCUACAAAGAAAUUGUUAAGAAUCCCAUUCAUUAUCCACAAUAUAUGACUGAUAAGACAGCCACGACAAUCAUUGAAUAAUUGAUGAAUAAGAUUCCUGAAUGUAGAUUGGGAGGAUCUUAUUCCUCUCUCAAAAACAAUUAAUGGUUCUCAGACUUUGAUUGGGUAUUUAUUAAUCAAUUAUAAUUGUUUAGAAUAAGUUGAUUUCAUAUCAACUCUAGCCUCCAUUGAUUCCAAAAAAAGAAAAAUUAAUGAAUGAAACAUAAAUUUAGGAAUAAAUAAAAAAGAAUAUUUUGGUUAUAGAUUAGAUCUAAAAAGAUACUAUGGGAUCCAAAAAGGUCUUUGCAUAACCAAAAGAUACAGAAUGGGAUUCAGUAUUUUGAUUAUAAAUUCUAUAUAGAAAACAUAUUAUGAUCGUUAUUCUUAUUCCAUGUUUAUUAUAAUAUAGCCAAAUUAUUUAAUUAAGUAAGUUAAGCUUAUAUUAUAAAAAGGUGAUUAUUUACUUCAAUAAGAUUGUGAUACAUUUAAUCAAUCUCGUAGAAGUAAUGAGAGUCUAAUCAUUAAAUAACAUAAAAUGGAUUUGACAUAUAGAUGA